AUGACGUUGCCCGCGGGCAUUUCCGGUUCGGGAUCCCCCAGAGCGUUUCCCGGGAGUCGGGCGGUUCCCAGCCGCCGGGAUGCACCGGCGCGGGGUGGGAGCGGGCGCCAUCGCCAAGAGGAAGCUGGCGGAGGCCAAAUACAAGGAGCGAGGGACGGUUCUGGCUGAAGACCAGCUGGCUCAGAUGUCUAAGCAACUGGACAUGUUUAAGACCAACUUAGAAGAGUUUGCCAGCAAACACAAGCAAGAGAUUCGUAAAAAUCCCCAGUUUCGGGUCCAGUUCCAGGACAUGUGUGCAACCAUCGGAGUGGAUCCAUUGGCAUCUGGUAAAGGAUUCUGGUCAGAGAUGCUGGGAGUUGGAGACUUCUACUAUGAGCUGGGUGUUCAGAUUAUUGAAGUUUGUCUGGCUCUGAAACACAGGAAUGGAGGUCUCAUAACCCUGGAGGAACUUCAUCAGCAAGUGCUAAAGGGAAGAGGGAAGUUUGCCCAGGAUGUCAGCCAGGAUGAUCUCCUCCGUGCUAUCAAGAAGCUGAAAGUUCUGGGCAGUGGCUUUGGGAUUAUUCCUGUCGGAGGGACAUAUCUGAUCCAGUCUGUACCAGCUGAACUGAACAUGGAUCACACAGUGGUUUUGCAGCUGGCCGAGAAAAAGGGGUAUGUAACUGUCAGCGAGAUCGAGUCCAGUUUAAAGUGGGAGAUGGAACGUGCCAAGCACGUGCUGGAACACUUGCUGAAGGAAGGCAUGGCCUGGCUUGACACACAAGCUCCAGGGGAAUCUCAGUACUGGCUGCCGGCUCUCUUUACAGAACUUUACUCUCAGGAAAUCACUCCAGAGGAAGCAAAGGAGGCAAUACCCUGACUGUUAAGAGGAAAACCCGGAGCUGUACAUAUUCUCCCUGUGCUGUAUUACUUGAAGUAGGACAUUUAACUUUAAAGUCCCUAGGUUUACUCAUUUAAUUGGUCAAAAUUAUACAUGCUUAACUUUAAAUUUCCUUUGAAUUGUACCAAUCAGCAACCUUUACCAUCAGUGUGACUUAAAGGGCUACGGUUCUAAACUAGAACACGAAGGAUGCAAAAGUGAUUCUACCUCCUUAAAGGGUAAAUUCCACUAAGCUUUUAUCAGCUGUGGAGACUAAACAGUUCCCACCAGCAUCCCUGCUCAAGUGUUUUAGGAAGCUACUGUAAGCUCAAGUCACUUUCCCCAUGAAAAAUACAAUAGUCUAGAUUCUGCCAAAACAAACUUUAUUGCACAAAAAAAUCUUAUGUACAAUUGUAUAUAAACAAGGUGUUUUAUAGUGACUCUUGUGCAUAUAUUUUCAAAUCAUUAGGUCUAAAAUUCUGUCACUAAAACAUGUCUGCCUAGAGCAGUCAUU